GCAACAUCUUGAAUUUCUGUCUCAAAUGCCUGGAUCCAAAGAAUUAUCUGGAAAGAAUCUCCAGAAAAUUCUGAACUCUCUCUUGGGGAAACCUCAGCCCAUUAAGUUAACAAGCCAGCCAUUCAAAAGGAUUUGCAGUGAGUGCCCAACGCUCAGAUCCUACUUGAAAACAUUUGCCAAAAAGAAGAUCAAACUUGAUCCCUCUAAAGCAUCAACUACUUGGCAUUUUUCCAGAGUUGUGCAGAUGUUGCGUAGUGCCAAGAAGAAAGAUAUCCUUCUACUACUGAAGAAAGCUCCAGAGAGCAUGUUACCCUUCUACAUUGAAGCUGCAAUAGCUGCCCAUUCAACACCUUCCUUAUUAGCGGUGACUGAAUUUCUGGAUUUGCAGGGCAGAAAGCAAAUGUCCUUGGUGGAAAACUUCCUCUAUGCUGCAGCUUUGUCUCCUCGUCCUUCCAAGGAACUUUUCGGUCUGGUGCUUGACAGACUAAACAACAAAAAGCUAAAUAAAGCCACUUGGGAAACGGGAAGCAUGAUCAUUGGCAGUCUGGUGGGCAAAUUGUGUCAGAUGAAUCAAUGUGACCUGGAGGAAGUCAGCCUUGCGAAGGAAGCCAUCCUGAAAAAGCUUCAUGGCUCCAAAACAGACUCAGUGAAGAUGAUGCACCUGGCAUCUCUGAAAAGUACUCUGCUCCCAGAAUUCAUCUCUACCUUCCUGUAUUAUGCAGAGGAAGGCUCAUCCACCAUCUCAGCUGCAGCGGUGACAGCUCUAAAGAGAUACAGUACAGAGCACAUCACAAGCAAGGUUAAAAAGGCAAUGAGACGCAUUUUCCAUCAAGUUCAGAGAAAGUACCAAAAAAAUUCAAGGUUGGCAGCUGCAGAAAUCCUCUUGGAUAACAGUCCCUCGCACACAGAUUUCAUCAAUAUCCUGUUGGCCAGCAGACAACUUUCACCAGAAAUGCAAAGAUUUAUAUUGUCCAAAAUUCUAGGCAUUAUAUCUUCUGAUAACCAUCCAACCAGGGAAAAGUUCUUCAUCUCUGAAUCAUCUGCAAACUAUAACACUCAAGUUCGCAAAGGGAGACGGGCCACUGAAGAUGCAUCUUCUACUUUUGGUGUGGAAAACUUAUUCUCAGAUUUUGGUUUACUUCAAAAGAGCACCACUAAUGUUGAUAUUGAAAGUCAUGGUCACCGGCUCCAAGCAGCUCAGGUCUGA